UUCCUGCGCGAAGAUGCAAUGGCGGCUGCGCGAGGAGUCCGAAGCGCGCGCUGGACGUGAGGGGCUUUGACGAAGCAAAACCGAAACAGCGCGAAUUAUCUCGGAGGGCAGCAACGGUGGGCUCGGCGGGCGGGAGGACCGGAGGCUGCGGUGUUAUCAUGUUUAAGAAGCAAUUAAUUAAUAAUAAUAGCGAAUCCGCGUCGGCGCAUGACACACACACACACACACACACACACGGGUCUUAGUUUCGCUGCUGCUCGAAAUUUUACAAAUUCUCACACACACACGACACGACACGCUGAGCGCUCGCGACCCCAGCGCUGUGGCCAGGUACUGGUAGGGUUGUGCUCGCGCCGUGCCAAGGUCGCCCACUGUGUGUUUGUGUGUGUGUGUGUGUGUGCGCGCGCCCCCGUCCGUGUGUAUGUUUAUGUACGCGUGUGGUGCGCGCGCACGCGCAGGAAAGUGACCGCGCGGACGUGCACCUGAGGACCAGCAGCAGCGCGCGGCGACUCCGCGCUUCACCUGACGAUGACGACGACGACAUUGCGUGUGUGAGAGAGAAUUUGCUUCAGCGGCUUGCAGCUGUGCUCGCUGUUAAUGUGCACCUGGACCACAUAUAACUUGGGUGUUUUGUUUAAAGAAAUCUUGCAUUCUUGUCUCCUGUGAACCCCCAGGACCUAUUUUUGUUGCUCUUACUAUUGUAAAUAAUUCCAAUUUGAAUUUGUUCUUUUCGCCUACAGACCUGCUCGCCGCCGAGGAGGAGCCGGGGCCCCGUGAAUGCUGCCAUGGUCCACAGCAGUGAGUCACAGCCCAUCCAGAGUCCCGUUGCCUGAUCAAGUUGAGACAGGAGAUCAUGGACCCCCCGCCACUAUCCCCCAUGGUUGGUGGUAGCCGACCAGACUCUACCCCUGGACACACUCUUCUGUACAGUUCCUGGUCAGUGGUCACUGAGGAUGCACCACCUGUGGUCAGCACACCCAGUGAUGUUUUACCCAGGCAUCGAGGCAUCCUCCCUUAUUCUAAUAAUGUUCCUGAUAUAUAUGGAAUGGUGUCCAGUGUCCUUGAAGAACCCAGUGGAGCAGAGAGUUUUGAAGAAUGGAACUCUUGCUCAGCACUGUUCCCGCUGCAGUCGCCGGCGAGACGCGCGCGCAGCACGUUUUCCAAUGCACCUGAUGAUGUGAGCAGUUUCAGCUCCCAGGAUGCUUUUCAGCAGGUAUCUGGAGGUGAUGUGGAUAGGCUGUACCAGAGUUUCCGUGGCCUCGGCUUAAUGGACUCCUCCUUCCUGGAGGAUCAAAAAGACCUGGAUCUUGCUAGGUCUGACGCCGUGUAUUUUCCCAAGACAACUUAUGCUGACAGCGUUGUCAUGGACAGCAGCACCUUCCUUCAGAGAGAAUCUUUCGGUUGUAGCAAAGAAGAGUUUGAGCAGUGGAGCCUGCAGGGUGCUUAUAAAGGUGUCCGAAACGGGGCCUUUGAGAAGACAACCGGUGGCCUAUAUGCGUUUCACAACCGCAGUAAUAGUAACAACACACAACUGCAGAAGGACUGUGGUGCAGAGCUUGCCAGAGAUGUGCUCCCCAAUGGCAGCGCUUCUGUGGAGCACAUGAGAUUUCCACAGGACUUUGGGACCUUGUCACCAGGAGAGAAGUGGCUCCAGCAGAGGCAUUACCCUUGUAGAGGUUAUGAGGACUAUCGCGAUCCCCCAGCUGUGUGGAGGACCACCUCUCCAUCUCAGAAUCGCCUUGGGCCGCAACACUCAAAGGCAAGUGUGCGGAGCUGGAUGCCAAGCACGGAGUGCACAACUGCAGAUGUUCAGAAUGGAUAUCCGCCAAACAGAAUGGCCUACGGUCAGUGUCAACCAAAUGACCUUGAUUUCCCUUGUGAUCUCACCCAAGUGGUUACCUCGGACAUCCGAACUGGGGAUUACCUGCAGCCGGGAAGGGGUGGCUCCGUCUGGUCCAGUGGGGAGAUGCCAAGCCCCACUGGGAAUUGUGGGUUAUGGAGUAGUAGGAGGGUUGGCUCUGCUGGCAGCUCUCAGACAUCAUUGUCCUCCAGAUCAGUCUUGUCAAAUGACAAUUCCACUGAGCAGCUGCUGUCCCCUGGCCUUCUGUCGUCAUAUCAUCCACAGCUGUGCCCUGUGUCACCUAGUCAGAGGCAGGACCAUAGAGGCAGACCUGGAGAGUGUCCUCUUAGUCCUUGGCCACAAACAUCUGCUUCUGGUAAUUUGGCUCGGAACCUCUCCAGUGGCCGUGCCACACUGGAGUCGAUGCUUCAUGAAGAGCGCGGCCAGCUUAGUAGCUGGGGAUACUUGACUGCUCCCCAAGAUUCAGAUAGGUUCCACAGCAGCCGCGCUAAGCACAGCUCAGAGGGCCGCGAAGACAGGAAGGGGACGAAGAGAAGCUAUCAGCCGUUUCCCCAGACUCAUAUGUUCGCAGGCCCCAAUCGGAACCACCACCAUAACAACUACCGUCGCAGGCAAGACCAAGACCGUGUCAGCGACUUCUCGCACAUUCCACCUCCUUUCCCUCUCUUGAAGCCAAAUCUGAAGCAAAGCCCCGGAGCUGCCCAAUUCAGGCCAUGCUCCACUGCUGGUGGAAACAGCGGCGGGGUUUUUUCUCUGCCUCCAGCAGCCUUACCUUUCCCUGAGCUUCUGGAGAUGCUCCAGGCAGAAGAUCUCAGCCAGCUUAGCCCCUUGGUCAGUGAGCUACUUGCCAGCGAGGUGCCCCCUCCAUGCUUUGGCUUUCCGGCCCCCUUCAGCAAGUACCGGCCUGCAAGGAACCGCAGCGGUCCAGCCAGCGAGCUGCAUGUGCAGCUGGAGAUGUGCUAUGAGCAGUGGAGAAUGUUAGAGAAGGAGCGGAAGAAGACUGAGGCUGAUCUUGCCAGGAGCUUCCCAGGGCAACGUGUAUCCAGCUCCAGCAACCGUGCUGUUCCGGGUCUCCCAGCCAAUCCGUCCCGGGUCGACCGCUUGAUUGUGGAUCAGCUGCGAGAGCAUCACAGGGUUGUUGCCCUGGUUGGGAAGAUGGAGCAUAUCUGUGGCACUUCUGCGCACAGCAAUAUCAGUGCCACUCUGGAGCGGCACCUGGAAGCCGUUCACCUUACCCAGGCACGCCGCAAGGACGAGCUGGUCAACGUUGCAAAUCGGCAAAAGCAGGGAGUGCCAAGACACAGCGAUGACAAAGAUGUCCUGGGGCUUGCGGCAGCGGUCAGGGAGCUCGGUGUGUGGACACGCAAGACUCGCACAGCACUUUGGUGCGCCUUGCAGGUGACCCUGAGCAAUGGUGCUGGCGAGAUGCCUACCCAGCAGGCCGAACUGGACAAGGCUCUAACGGAGCUGUGCAACCCAGAAGAAGGCCAGCGAUUGGGAACAGUGUUGCUGUGCGGUGAGAGCCAGCGGCUGCCAGAGAGGACCAGGGACAGAAAGGACCAAGGACCCAGGGUCCCCAGAGAGCCCAAGGUGGAGCGGGAGAACCGUGUUGCCAACAAACCGUGAGCAUGUUGGCCCAUCCAUCGCAGUUAUGGUCACCAUGGGAAAUGCCUCACACUGUGCUAAUGGGACAAAUGGGACCCAACCUGUGUGUGUGUGUGUGUGUGUGUGUGUGUACGUGAGUGAAAAUUAGUCUGCUGUAACCCGUGUUGUUGAUGGCUGAGUGUUUUGUCAAGUUGAGCACCAUUUUUUGCUGUGCAGCAGGUGCAAAUUAUUCUGGCCAAAUUGACCCCUUUGAACAUCUGCGCUCGCUGGCUCGCACCUGAGCCCGUGUUCUUUCUCUGUGUGGCGCACCAAAUGUAGCAGAGCUUAAGCGUCCACUCCCUGCCGUACAGGUCCAAACCCCCCUUCCUGUAACACACAGCAGCAGCAGAACUUGCCUUUGGUUGCCAAGGUGACCUGACCGCAAUGGCCUGGCCCACAGGUGGCGCUCACGCACCCUGGCACAGAUUCUACAUAGACUGUAUGUGAAUUGCCGUUAGAGUAUACUAGUAAAUUGUGUUUAGUGUCUCUUUACAAAGAGAAAUUAUAGUAUUAUACUCAGGAUUAGGGCUAACACCUGCGUUGGGAUGAGAAGGAUUACUUGAUUUAGUAUGCACUUAAAUCUAUUUUUGUUAUUGUGUUAAGGGAGUUUGGACACGUUAACCAUUAAACUUGUUUUAAAAAUGUAAGGUGUUAGUCAGGCUUUAUACUAGAACAGAUUAAUCUAUUUACUCAGGAACUGUCAGUUUUAAUAUAUAUAGUUUUGAGCUGCAUGUGCAAGGAAAUGACAGAAGUUUAACUGUACCAAAGGUAAUGUUUAACUGUUUAAUAUCAAUGCAGUAUUUGUUUGCAACUUAUAAAGCUUUAGCAUUUAAUGAUGCUUCUCUGGUGUUUUACUACAGCUUAGACAAUCAGUGUUUGUUUGUCUUGAAAAACACAGUUUUGAAUGUCGAAUAACCACACAAGAUGAUGUGACGUGGACAUUUUCCCGUGAUUCACCGUAGCCUCGAGACUUUUUACUACUUUUUUUUUUUUUGGCUUAUUGAAUAGUGUUUUUGAAAUUUCAAAGAAUUCAGAUCUAGUUUUUUUUUUUUUUUUGUAGCGCUAGAGAAUUUUAACCAACAAUGUCAAAGUACUGAAUCAGGGAAAAAAAAAAAAAAAAA